AUGUUGGUUGGUGUUUGCAUAGUUUGGAUUCCCAUUCGUGACUAUUCGCCAGAGAAUCAGAACAUGGCCAAUAUCCCUGGAGCUUUGUGGUAUUUGCACAAUGAGAUCGUGUGGCAUCCCUGGCUCAGGGCUGGUACCUAUGCCGCCACGCCCAAGACACGCAUCGAGCGGUUCCUGGUCUUUAGCCGUGCGUCACAAGAGCUUUACGACAAGGGCAUGAAUUUUGGCGUGGUGAACACUUACGAUUUGGGCAAAUGUUCUGGUCCCUACAAGUGUGAAAAUCUGGAAGAAUAUGGCCCAGUGGUGGGAUGUGAGUCCUGGAAUCCAAAGGCUGAGAACAACUUUCCUCAUGGACAAUGGACGGGGACCAAUGUCUAUCCCAACGAGAUGGCAGCGUCGACCCCGUUACUGGAGCAUUGGGUCUCCGCGUAUCGCAACGACCACCGCGGCCGGCCACUUCUGGACAUCGGCUGUGCCUACGGCCGCAACGUCUUGGCGGCGGCGCAGCGGCUGGAAGGGAGCCGUUCUGACGGAACGGAGGUUCAGAUUGUGGCUUGCGACUGCGCAAAAGAACAUCUGGCAGUCGUGGAUGAGCUGGAGAUUUCUGGGGUGAAAACUGCCUGGGGCAAGCUGCCGGAGGACUUGGAGGAAGCAGCCGCGGUGGCGUCGGACGUGGGCGGUUUCUCGGGCAUUUUGCUGUCGGAAGUGCUCCACCAACUGCCUGGAAGCAGCAUCGAGAAGACCCUGAUGGCCAUGAUAGAUCUGCUGGCGCCCGGGGGCACGUUGUGCAUCACCAUGUUUUCCCCCAACGCCAACUUCUCGGGGGGCGCCUGCCCCGUGGGAAAACACAUGCGUCACGUCUUCGAGGAACGCAGAGGGGAAGGGAAGCGAUGGCCUGGCGAAGGAUUUCGCUUGAAGGAACUGUUGGAGGAGUUGAAGGCACCAGUACAUUUGGACGCAGAGGCCAUGAAGUGCUUCUGUGCCUAUCAUCACUGUGCCACUGCUGAGCAGUUGCGUCGGGCAGCCGAGGAGGCGGGGUUCCAGGUGCUGCUGGCGCAGCAAGCCCGGCACCCGGGCCAUGCGGAGGCGUUCUGGGGCUAA